AUGGCAUCUACCAAGGAUAGCGGCCUCGGCCAGCUUGGUGCCAUGUUUGAGCUGCGCUUCAAGCACAUCUGCACCAUGCACAGCAAGGGCGAGACUGAAGCUGCAGAAGCCAAGGCUCUGGAGCUUCUUGCUGAGCCGCGACUUGGACGUCUUCACAAGGCAGGAAUGCACAUGAUACUUGCCACAUCCGAGACCGACUUCGUUCAUCACAGCCUUGAAGCUGUGAGACUCUUCGGCGAGGCCCUUCAGGAGCAAGAUAUUACUGAGGCCCAGCGAGCUUCUUUGGAGCACUGGCAUGCUGAGGCCAAGAAAUUGUCGGAGGAGGCUCGCAGCGAUCAGAGCGCUAUCGACAACGAAAUCAAUGAGAAACUGAAGAGUGGAAUGACAAUGCGUCAGAUUCAGGAUGCUCAGCUGAGCGAAAUGUACGAGCGUCUGGCGAGAAUUGGCGAGGAGGAAGGCGCAUCCGCAGAGACCUCGACGGCGGCUCCUUCCGACCAGGACGCAGAAUUAUGA